UUUCAUUUGAAGCAGAAACUUAUGAUCGACGGAGCAAUAAAAAAUUUCAUUCAAAGCAGAAACUUAUGAUCGACGGAGCAAUAAAUCAGGACACCUGAGAAGCCGAGCUAAAAAAAAAAAGCUACAGGUCAUGGACGUUCACAUGUUGUUCUUCUGUGUGUUUGCGUUGUGUUUUUGUUCCGCAAAAACAGAAAGUUAUGAAAUUAUCCAAAAUGAAAUUGCUGUGCUUGGAGGAAGUGUCGCUAUUUAUAUACACAUUCCAAACAUGCGAAGACCGGUGGUGUGGCAAUGCCAAAAUUAUAAGUUUGAGUGUGACGUGACUUGCACUAACAGUGAUGAAUUCAAAGUUAUGCAGAAGGAGGGCUAUUCUCUUCUUUGGAUGAAAAAGGUAACUGAAGAAUGUUUGACCUGGACGUUUGCGGAUGCAGACGGCAACUAUGGAAUAAUUCAUUUGAAGAUAAGCAGUCCCACAAGAACAGGAAGUUCUGAAAUUAUCCAAAAUGGUUUGACAAAAGCAGAAAGUUAUGAAAUAUACCAACAUGAAAUUGCCGUGCCUGGAGGAAGGGUCAUCCUUUAUACAAACUUUACAAACAUGCAGAGACCGGUGGUGUGGCAAUGCCAAGAUUAUAAGUUUGAGUGUGACAGGACAUGCACUAAUGGUGAUGAAUUCAAAGUUGUGCAGAAUAACAAUUAUUCUGUUCUUUGGAUGAAAAAGGUAACCGAAGAAUGCCUGACUUGGAAGUUUGUGGACGCCAAUGGCAAAGGUGGAACAAUUCAUUUGAAGAUAAGCAACUCGACAAGCAGUGAAGGGUACAAUAUUACCCGAAAUAAUCCGGAAACAAAAGCAAAAAGACUUGAAUUUAAUGAAACAGGAACCAGUGAUACACACAGCAUUUUCUCAGUCGGUUUUGUCAAUCUCGGCAUUAUCAUUUUAAUUGUAACUGGUCUCUGCCUUUACAAGUUUAAGAAACAUCGAAGGAACCACUCAAAGUCAGAUCAAUACAUUUAGUCGAAGAAAUCAACAACAGGGACUUAUUCUUUGUAAGGCU